AUGGCUCCUGCUGGAGAUGACGACGAGCAACUUCCUACCACAAAGGGAGCCGAGGAUGGUGCACCGCCGGAAUCCGAGGAGGACUACGUUGAGGCGGUGACGAGACAUGCCAAGUAUCUUGGCAUGGAUCCAGAGCGUGAUGGUACCUACAUGUGGAUUGCAGAAGAGGCGCUAAACGCCAAGGUCCCCGAAGGAUGGGUAACCGGGGAGGGAGAGGGAGAAUACGAGGGCCUCGUAUACUACUACAACGAGGCCACGGGAGAAAGCACGUGGGACCACCCCCUCGACGAGUACUACAGGGAGAAAUUUAAGAGAAAAAAAGCCAGGCGGGCUGCGAGAGAAAAUGACGAUAAAGGAAAUCGACAAGACUCGAAGUCUCGCGCAUCUGCAUCCAAGUCAAGAGCCAGCCGCAGCACUUGCAGCAGGCGCCACAGGUCGGGGGAUGACACGGCAAACGACGAACGUAGCGAAUCUAGAUCACGGAGAGAGCACACGAAGGAGAAAGACGGGUCUUCAAACGGAGUGGCCAACGGAGAUCAGGGCAGCCAGAGUUCGGGACGCCGUGACAACGCUAAGCGAAGCAAAACGCGCAAGGUUAGUCGCAGGCACAGGGAUGACGGGGAACGGUCGAGACACCGCAGCACCAGCAGUAGAAGCCAGCGUACUGAUGACAACGGGGACGGUAGAGAUGAACGCCGAAGCUCAAAGCACCGUCGGAACGCAAGCAACGGACACAGUGAUAGCGGCCGGGCCCACAGGAGCGAAGAAGAAGACGGGGGGCGCCGACGAAAGGAAGAGGGCCGUCGGAGACGGGGGAGUGGUCGCGAGCGGGAAUCAUCUAGUGGACGGCAUCAAUGCCGCACUCGAGACAAAACACGGAGGAGCAGCAGCGGCGACGGUGAAAGCGUCAGGUCGAAGCUAGACGAGCCACCAGAGAAGAGAGAAAAACAGGUGGAGGAGUCCCCCAGCAAAAGUCCACGGCCCGACAAGCACCACAGCCGUAGUCAAGAGAGGGGAAGACGAGAUGAAAAUCGUGAGUCUUUCGAGCCCGACCGUAAGGAGCGAGGAAGGGGGUCCAGGCAAGAAGUAUCGAUGCAGCUGGAGGAGACAAACCGCGGGGGCAGGACAACCGUGGCAACAGUUAGUGGAGACCUCGCAGCAGCAGCCGACAACUGGAGGACUAAAAGCAUCGUGGGAGGGAGCACGUACUCACACAACGAGAAGAAAAGCCACCACGAUGCCAACCGAAGCGCAGCCGAUUCACGGAAAGGAAAUGCCGGCAGCCAAGCAAGACGUGGUGGUUUCAGAGAGGACACUGAUCGCGAAAGCGGGCACCGGACAGCGAAUACAACAGUCGAGCGUGCGGAAAGCGUGGUCAACGAAAUUAAAAGCAACACUUUAUGUGUACAGAAGGAUCCCGGUAAUAAGGUUGACAUGCCAGCGGUGCACCGCAGCGUUGAUGGAAGGAGCGCCACGCAGGCCUCGACGGCGGCAUGGAAGAACAAUGAUAUGGAGGAAAUAGACUUCGAAGACGAGCUACGAGACAUGGAAGAAGGCGACGGUGGCCCAAACGUUCGGCACGACUCGCCAACUGAGAUGGAAGCGCCUGACACAGAACCGCAAGGCAGAUCACCUUCGGCCGUAUCCGAAGUCGGUAGUGAUACGAAGAACCAGGGUGAGCCACUGCCUUCCCCACCGAUGUUCAAGGCUGCAGCGAUUGCGGGGGACGACAAAGCCCGACAAUCCAGAUCGCGUGACCAUCCGAACAAAGCUGGCAAGGGCAACAAAUUGGGCAACGAAGACGAACCGCACUCCCGUCGUGAUACAAGUGGGGAACGAGGUGUCAAAUCGAGAGAGAACGGACUGCCGGCGACAGCGGGGACGGCUGAUCCAGACCUGGACGACUGGCCAGAGGUCGCCAGCAAUCCCGCAAAGGAACGCGCAUGGGGGGAUUCCGGAACAGAGCAAAAGGGGAAGCGAUACUCGAACGCGCACGGCACCCAGACAGUACGUGAAAGUCGGGUGGAGACUGGCCGGAGGGGUCGAGAGAGGGAUGACCAACCCGACGUUGUGUUUGCGAACGGUGUUGAUCGGAAUCGUAUACACGGUGAGGACAGCGACGACCACCGGCGAGGCACCGGCGCAACGCAAGGCUACGACAGACACGUGGAGCGAACGUCUGAACGGGAAUCUCGCCGCCUUCGACACGGCGGUGGAAUACAAAGGGAUCGUGAUUCCGGAAUGGCGUCACCCCGCCGCGAAGACCGCACGGACAGGAACGACAGACAGGGUGGACAUUCAGGAAGACGAUCAACCGCAAAAGGCAGCACCGCAAGCCCCAGGCAACCGUCUGGAAACCAUGGGGGUGACUGCGGUGCGGACCAGUACUCUAGUGGCGACCGUUGGGACCACCAAUACAGCAGCUUCGGCGAUGUCGAGGGUCAGCGAUGGGGUGGCGGCGAGAGGGUCUCGGCAAUGCAAAGAGACCGCAGAGACGAAGACGUGCAGCCAAUGACGAGGGAGAAGGACAAGCUCGAGAGGCAGCUGCAGCAGCAACAGCACGAAGCUGCCGAAAAAGCCAGGGAGCUGGAGACUAAGGUGCAUGUCGGACUAGGAUGUGGUUGGUCAUUCUCGGAGAUUAUAAAGCAUCUUCGAAGACAUCUUGCUGUUGAACCAGAACACAACCGUUCUUUCACUCACCACCUGUGGCACAUAUUUCAGAUGUCUGUCGCCGGCGUGGCCGGGAAGGAAAAGGAAGAGGGGUUGCGACUAGAACUAAAGAACGCUCUCAAAAGGGCAGAAGCCGCGGAAGGCGCCCUCGCUCGGAAGGAGGAGGCAGAAAAGGUUCCGGCGGAGAGGGAAAGUGAGGUCCCAAGACUUCAACUCCUGCUGGCAAACAAGGAGUCAGAGGCUGCAAGCCAGGGAAGGGAGCUAGUGGAAAUGCAAAGUCGGUUGGCAGAAGCACUGAAGAAGGCUGCCAGCGAGAUGUCUGCGCUCAACCACGCGCUCUCCAGGGCCCGCGACGAAGUAUCCUUCAAGGAAUCGGAAAUCGCAAAGGCCGGGGAGGAAGCAAGCCGUUUGCGUGUGCAGCUGGGCCUUGCGCAGGAGAAGCUCAGAAAUGCUGAGAGGACAAAGGCCGCGUUCGAGAGCGAGGCCGAGAGUUUCCGAGCAAGGGCGGCGGAGCUUCAGUCGGCCAACGCCUCCAUGGAACGAGAAAUGCGAAACAGUCAGCAGGACGCCUUAUCAAGGUGGUCCGAGCAGUGCAUAGGGCGGUUUAGAAUGGGCGGUUUGGAACAACGAAUCGCUGCUCACUGUGGGAAACAGGCCGCGGAACGUUCAGUAGUGAGGUCGACGGAGGCUAAGGCAAAAGCGGUACACAAGCUAUUCGUCGUGCCAAGGACUCCGACACACGACAGGCUCAGAGAAUCGGAAAGGGAGCGCGACGCAGCUGUCUAUGAGGGGAAAAGGUCCACGGAGCUCGCCGCUUCAGCGGAAACGUGGAGGUUGAAAGAGACUCUCAGGGCUGACGCAGCGGAAGCUAAAGCCUUGAGCACGGGUACCGAGGUGGCAGAGCUGCGGUCGGAAGCAGCGAGACUACGGACCAGCAUGGACGCAGUGGUCGCGCCGCAUGUGAAGCGUAAUGUAGAGCUACAGCGACAAGUUGAGGACGCUCGCAGGGAAGCGGCCGAUCUGACAGCCGAGGUGAAGCGUCUGCAGGAGUCGCAUGCUUCUGAACUGUCUUCCCUGAAGGACGAAGUUUCCCGGAAGCUCCCUUGGAUUGCCGAGAAGGCCGUGGCUGAAGCACGGAAGCACUUCCGACAGAAGGCAGAGGAGGACAUGAAGGCCUUUCGGGCGGAUAGGGAUCGGCGGCUCGAAGAGCUGCAGAUUUUGCAAUUGGCGGCCCUGGUGGAGGAGUCGGUGACGAAGAAAGAGCCUGGCAGCGUCGUGGCGGAUGCAGCCAGUAGGGGCGGCUGGGUUGCUGCCCCCAGAGGCCAACGAGAAGAGCCCACGCUGCCGCUCGGCGGUGGCGGGGGAUUUCUCCAGCAGCAAACGAGAGAUAGUGGGCAAGGACCACGGUCGCUGCCGGAAGGCGGCUGGGCAAGCAGAUCGGGAGCGAACCCUGUUGGACCAGCCGGAGUGGGCCCGGGCAUAGGACCGGACUACGGGGAAGCGAGGGGGUUAAACCCCCCAGGACCGGACUGCGGGGGAGCGAGGGGGUUAAACCCCCCAGGUGAGAUACCCGUGAUUCGAGGAAGUGGAGAAUACCUCGACGGCUACAGCAGUAGCCACCAGACACGAGUGACGGUCAAUACCCCGCUUCUAGACGGAAAAAGCUGUAGCCACGGAUUUGAUUCGUGGCGAAAAUCGUUCAUCCAAGCUGCGAAGACCAUCGACUUGGACGGGCAGUUUAUGGGAGAUGCAGAGGGCAAUAUCCCCGUGGGCGACCCAAACUUGCCGACUUCUAAACUGCUCCGUAGGGGGCACAUGAGAGCAGAAGUCCAACGAGAGCUUCAGGCGUUCCAUUUUAUCAUUACUGCUGUGGUAAAAGAAGCUGACAAAGCAAUCAUUAGUAACUGUACGUCAGCAAAAGAGUUCCUCACGGAAUUGGAGAAGGUCUACGAUCCAGAGUCACAGGGGUCCAAACAGGCCUUGAUGCGGAAGAUAUUCGACUUUGCAAUCCACACACACAGCAAUAGCAACCCCAUCGAGCACCUCUACUCACUCGAGCUGCUGUAUACCCGCCUGCGCGAGAAGGGGCUCAAUGCUGAACAACCCUUCGUUCUCGCCCACUUCGUUGGUUCCCUCCCACCCGAGUACCAACAAUCGAAGUUCCUGUUGGAGACAGCAACGGCGCUGGAUAGGGCCGAGAUCGUCAGGAUUGUGAGCACGGUGCACGCAAGCCUUCCGGAGGGGACAAAUGCCUCGAAGGGCCAGCGGAGAGCGGAGCAUGCUCUCCUCGCAAGCGACGGCAGCGGUGGGGGAGGAGCGCCGGGCCGCGGCAACGGCGGCCGCCGCAAGGGUGGCGGCGGCGGCAACCAGAAGGGGAAAGAGGAUGGCGCGUAGGCUGGUGGCGGCGGCGGAGGCGGCGGAGGCGGCGACGACGAUGUGGGUAGCAUGCGCGGUCGCUGUUUCCGGUGCGGCAAGAAGAGCCACCAGGUGGCCGACUGCACCGAGAGCAAGCCCAUGCGAUGUGAGACAUGCAAGGGCUACGGGCACGACAAGAGAAAAUGCCCGACCGAGAAGGCGGUGCUCGUGGUGGAAGUGCCGGCGGGGGGGACGUCUGCGGACGCCACAGCACUGGACGUGGCAGAAGAAGCGCUGGUGGUCGGUGACAUCUCAGGCGAGUGUCACAAAGUCGUUGGUCGAGGGGGUGUAGAGCAGGCUAGGCGGGGUAGGUAUGUUGCCGAUACCGGCGCUACCACCCACAUGUUCGCGAACUCAGAUGGGCUCGUCCGAUAUCAGGAGUGUGAUCGACUUGUGCGCGUCGCCGCCGGAGAAACCUUCCCUAUUGGAGGGUACGGCGACGUAACGGUCACCCUUAGCUCGCGCGACGGGACAACAGACCUGUUCUUGAAACGGGUUGCAUACGUUCCUCGAUUAGACUACACCCCCUCGUCUCUCUGACGUCCCUCUUCGACGACGGGUUCAAAACCAAAAGCCUAGACAAACACGAGUUGGAGUUGGAGAAAGAAGAGGCGAAGUCGUUGUACUUCCCCCGAUGCGGUAAC